GUUGAACUGUCUUCACUCUGAAGGAUCCUGCUCUGCCAACUCGCAACCUCCACACUCAUCGCAACUCCGCAAGCCAGUCGCAUCCUGCUACUCUCAUCGCACACAGCAACACCAUGUCCCAGCAAGCCACUGCCUCCCACAACAACCGCAAGCUGCUCAUUACGGGCGCCACAGGAUACAUCGGCGGCACGGUUCUCGCCGCUCUCGCUCACACCAACAAAUACCACAUCACAGCUCUUGUCAGAGACGAUGACCGCGCCAACACCCUCAAGAAGCACGUCAACGGCAUCAACACCGCCGUUGGCGGCUACACCGACUAUCAUGUUCUAGAGAACGCAGCAAAAGAAGCCGAUAUCGUCGUGCACACAGCUGAAUCGGCCGAUAACCUCGACGCGGCGAAGGCCAUCCUGAAGGGGCUGCAAAGUGUCAAACGCUCCUUCCCUGCCGUCUACAUUCACACCUCUGGCACAGGUGUUCUCUCCGACUCGGCACAAGGACACCCAGCCAAUCCCAACGUCUACACAGACGUCGACAUGAGCCAAAUCAACACGUUGGCGGACGACCAGCCGCAUCGUAAUGUUGACCUCGAGAUCUUGAACGCAGUCCGCGGGAAAGCGGACACCAUCCGCACCGCCAUCGUGUGCCCUCCCUUGAUCUACGGCCUCGGUACCGGCGCGUUCAAUGUCCACUCUCAGCAGGUGCCUGCUAUGAUCAAAGCUGCUCAGAAGAAGGGACACGCGGUGCACGCGGGCAAGGGCGACAAUCUAUGGAAUAACGUGCAUGUACGCGAUCUCGCAAAGGCGUUUACACUCAUCCUUGAGAAGCUGGUGGCGGGCGAUCCUAACGCGCCCGUUAAUGAGAACGGAUACUACUUCGUCGAGAAUGGCGAGCAUAGCUUCCGCGCGUUGGCUACCGAUAUCGCGUUGGCGUUGGAGGCACAUGGCGUUGGUGAUGGGAAGGCGCACCCUCUCAAGGAGGCGAAAGAGAUCGCGGCACUUCUGGGUGAGGGUUAUCCCGGUGGGAAACAUAUGCUGGCUGGCAACUCUCGCUCUCGAGCGGUGCUCGUGAGGAAGCUGGGAUGGCAGCCGGUGGAAAAGUCGCUUGGGGAGACCGUCCCCUACGAAGUGGCGUACUGGGUUGACCAGGCGAAGAAGCAGUAGUGAUCUUAUGGGCGUAUAUCAAAUUUCGCGUUUUUGGUUGAGUACGGGUUAAGUCCUGUUCCAUCCAUCUGCAGCCAGGUGCAUCCAUUUCUUGGUAUCACAUGUAGUCGAUAGUAAAAUAUAGUCGACUCGGUCACAUCAAAGUAGCAGAGCAGAUAUUUGCAGCG